CCUCUGGACUUUUUUUUACAGCAUUGCACACCCAAAAUGCCCACGCAAGUUGCAUGCUAUUGUAGCACCAGAGCUCAAUUAAUGUUACAAAGCUCUAUCAAGAUUAGAGAAGAGGAUAAGGUGAAAUUAUUUAAAAACAAAACUGAUUUCAGUUGCUAUCCCUGUCACACUAAUAUGCUUGCAAGCACCAGUGUACCAGUCCGAGGGAUCUGCCCAGAUUUAAGCACCUGAGUGCAUCUGUCCAAGUGGUCUGACCAGGAUUAUUUGUAGUGAUACAGAGGUCAAGGGGUGCGGUCUGUCAGGUCUUCGUCAUGUCUCUUGCAUUGCUUAUAGCUUGGGGACCAUAUGCUUGUUUUAUAUUCAGGCUCAUUUUUGUAACCUUUAGAAGCUGAUGGUGAUUAUGAUCUUUUGUGCCUUUGUCCUGUCCAUCAGACAACAAUGAAGAUUUUUACACUGUCUUGAAUGCAAAGUCAGUCUUGGGACUCCAGACUUGUUUGUCUUCCUACCAUCACCAUCUGUAGUGGCUUCAGUCUAUCUGUUGUUUUAGUCCGUCCUCCCUUUCCAGAUCUGGGUAUCCUGAGAAGCUACUUACAGCCCCAAGUGAAAAUGCCAUAUAUGAAGAAGACUUCUGGAAAAAGAGCUCCUGCAAAGAGGAAACUUGCUGAAGAGUUUGCUGUAGGAGAGGUUAUAGCAGAUACAACCAAAAAAGAAUGGAAAUUAGGUGUUUCUAUAGGGCAAGGAGGCUUUGGACGCCUGUAUCUUGCUGAUGUUAAUUCUUCGAAGUCGGUUGGCAGUGAUGCGCCUUAUGUUGUAAAAGUGGAACCCAGCCAGAAUGGACCUCUUUUUACUGAGUUAAAGUUCUACAUGCGAGCUGCUAAGCCAGAUGAAAUUCAGAAGUGGACUAAGUCCCGUAAACUGAAAUAUUUAGGUGUCCCAAGAUAUUGGGGUUCUGGCUUGCAUGAAAAAAGUGGAAACAGCUAUCGAUUUAUGAUAAUGGACAGGUUUGGGAGAGAUCUUCAGAAAAUAUAUGAAGAGAAUGCAAAACGAUUUGCCCACAAAACUGUACUGCAGUUAGGCCUGAGAAUACUUGAUAUUCUGGAAUAUAUCCAUGAGCACGAAUAUGUGCACGGAGACAUCAAGGCCUCAAAUCUUCUUCUGAGUUACAAGAACCCUAAUCAGGUGUACUUGGUGGAUUAUGGACUUGCCUACCGAUACUGUCCCGAAGGAGUUCACAAAGUGUAUAAAGAGGAUCCUAAAAGGUGUCAUGAUGGAACUAUUGAAUAUACCAGUAUUGAUGCACACAGUGGUGUGGCUCCAUCAAGACGUGGUGAUCUGGAGAUUUUGGGUUAUUGUAUGAUUCAUUGGCUUAGUGGCCAUCUACCAUGGGAGGAUAAUUUGAAAGAUCCAAACUUUGUCAAAGACUCAAAAAUCAGAUGUAGAGAUAAUAUUUCAGAUUUGAUGGACAAAUGUUUUCCAGGGAAAAAUAAACCAGAUGAAAUAGCCAGAUAUAUGGAAAAGGUGAAGCUACUGAGCUAUGAAGAGAAACCUGUAUAUCAGCAUUUUCGAGAAAUACUUCUGCAAGGCCUCAGGGCCAUUGGGCAAAGAGAUGACGGACUACUUGACUUUGGCUUGUCAGAGAAUGGAGACUUGCAAACAAAGCCAGUGCAAAAGAAAAAAAGGAAGACAGUAGCUGCAACUGAUGAGGGCACUGAAGCAGAAAUGGAAGAUGUAGGAAGUCCACAAAAAAAGAAACCUACUUCUUCUAAAGCAGUGACAACCAAAACAAGGAAGAUGACCUCACCAAAAACCAAGAAAGGCACAGGAACCAGAAAGAAGGUCCAGAAAUAGAUGAAACAAAAUAAGUUGUCUUCUGUUCAGCUCUCUUCCUCUCGGUUACUGUAGCACUGGAGUCUUUUUUUUCCCUUUUAAAUGAUAAAUCCUGUAAAAAACAUUAGACUGCUGUUUGUACCUGUUUUUUUGAAAAAUAAAUGUUUUAUUAAAAUAUUUGCAUAAUUUAUGGGUACUUUAUAACACAGAUGCAAAAUUUUGCCAACUUUGAGGAUGCAUUUUUAUUUUUUAUUUACACAAAUUCAUAUCUUAAGGGCGAGCUUGAAAAAAAAGUGGUUUUUAUUGCUUUCUAAUGUAAAAAUAAAGCCUUAUUGUUUAGUUAUUGCUGCUUUUUAAGGAGCCAGCAGUGUUGUAUCUGAUUUGUUUUAAUUUUGAGUAAAGUCUUAUUGGAGGUUACUUAGAUGAAUGCGUAGACCAUUGCACAGUCAGAGGUCUGAAGUGACAGAGACAUCUUUUAAGUAUUGCUAAAGUGUUCGAAUUAAACAAGAAAACACAACAGCAAAAUCACGUUUCACAUCUACUCUAGUUUGUUAUAAAAUGUGUUUAAACAGUUUACAGCAAUGUCAUGUGCUCUUUGUAGGAUAGGUGAAUUUUAGUUAAUUUUUUGGCAUAGUAUUUUGUUUGUAUCACUUUUCCAAUUAUUUAUAAUUUCUUGAGAGAGAAAGAGACCAGAAUUUCUAAUAUAGGGACCUGGGGAGGGAAGAAAAAAAAAAAAAAAAAAAAAAAAAAAAAAGCCCCUCCCCAGCCUCCUCUCAGGUUUUCUUUUUAUAUUACUUAAAAAACUAGAAAAGUUGCAAAGAUGAAGAAUGAUGUCAUCAAGUAUCUUGUUCUAGUGAAAGCUUGACUCAGUUGUGCUUCUCAUAGCAAAUCAAUGAUUUCCAUUUUUCUUAAUAGCGGAGAAACAAGUGUGCUUCCAAAAACUUUUUAAAAGCACUUUUUACUGGAUUUUAAGUCUUCUCUUCAGACUUUUAAGUCAAAAUAUGCAAUGUUUGAUUUUAGUGUGAAAUAUCCACUACUUUGCAUUUCGAUUCUGCAAAAAUGCAUGGAAUUUGGGCGUGAACAUCAUUCUUCUCAGGGAGACUGCUUUAUGAAGAAAUAAUCCAUAUGAGCCGUGGAAAGUGUAUUUGUGUCUAUCUCCUGUGUUGUGCUUGCUUGAUUGUGUAAUGUUUGAGUUGCCACAUACUGAUAUAAAUACGUUGUAGCAUAAAAUCUUGAAUGAAUACUGGGAUUAGGUUUUGAAAAGAAGAACAUUAGGUUUUUUUUUUUAAAUAAAAA